UGAAAAAUUUUCAGCGCAAACCUCGUGUUUUGAAAGUUUCGUCCUCGAUUUCGUCGACUUCUUCCGGUGAUAUUUUGAAUCUUUGUGCACUUCCUGUGUAUUUUUAGGUGGUACAUUGUACCCACAGUGCUUCCAGAAUGGCUCAGGAGGAACAAUUUGAUAUUUAUGGCGAUCUCAAUGAUUUUGAUGCAUCUGUUAAGCUGAAAGAAGUGACUGCAGAGCUGGAAGCACUCAAGGAGAAACAGAAGGAAAUUGUGAAGCAAAUGGAAGCUCUGGAGGCUGUAAAUAGGCAUACAAAGAUUGUAAAUGCAACAAUGAAGAAGAAUUUCUAUGCUCUCCUGAACACAGCCAAGGCGGAAGUGACGAGGAAGGAUGGAAAUAUCGCAAAGUUGAGACAGGAGAAGGAUAAUGUGCUGUUCAGGAGGGAUAGGAAGCUUGGGAAGGUGUCAAAGAGUACACAAACUGACGGUAGAUGGGAAGAUAGAAUGAAAGAAAAUAGAGAGCACCGGAAGUAUAACCAUGAUCGCUUCAGAGAUCGGCUGCACAACGAUGAGACACCAAUUGGGCGCAAAAGAUACAAUGACAGAUAUGAAAGAGAGUUCGAUUCUUAUGCCAAGAGGAGAAGAAGUCGCUCCAGGAGUCUGUCUCGUGGAAGGAAAUUCCACAAGGAAGAGAAUCUGCGCCAGGAGAGAAAAUCCAGAGAAAUGAGUGUUAAUAGGGAAGUUUCAAGAGUUCAAGAAGAAAAGACUUCCAAACUAGAAAAAGCUCAGAAAAUUGAGAGAAAAUCCCGUCAGGAAAGGAAUUCCAGGGAAAAGACUGAGAAAAAGGAAGUUCAGGAGACAAUUGUUGCUAAAGACAAGCCUUCAAAAUCAGACUGUCAGAAAAUUGAGGAAAAAUUACGAAAAGAAAGAAAAUCUCGAGAAAAUAGUGAGAAGAAGGAAGUUCCGGAAGCAAUUGCUAAAGAAGACAAGCCUUCCGAAGCAGAAGUCCAAGGAAUUGAGAUAAAGUUACCCACGGCGGAGAGGAAAGAGGAAAAGGCAGAUGAAGAGAGCUUGAAGCAUAAAGCAGAAGAAGCAGGAAGUCAGGAGAUUUCACAGGAAAUUAUUGAUAAGUCUUGUCAGGAAAUAAAAUCCACUGAAAAGAGUUUGGAGGAGACAAUUCCGAGAGUUCAGGAGCAAAGUUCCAAAAGCGAAAAGACUUCAAAAGCUUCAACAUCAGAAGAAGUUCAGGAAAUUGAGAAAAAAUCGCUUCCGGAAAGAGAAUCCUUUGAGAAGAACAAAUGCAAUAAGGAUCAGGAAGUUCAGGAGCAAAUUACCGCGGCGGAGAAUCUUAAAAGUCCCGUCAAUUCGAAAGAUCUUCCGCCCUGUCCCCCUGACGAGAAGGAAGUUCAGCCAAUUCCGGAAGAAGCCAUCAAGGUGGAAGAACAGAAAAAUCAACAGGAAGUCAUGGAAGAGGGACAAAUAGAAAAUACUCCAAAGAAAAAUGAGAGAAUCUACCAGGAAGCACGCGAGGAAACAGUUACUGCUGUUCAGAAUAUCCUCCAAUUAAACGGAGAGGUUCCUCCUGUGCCUCUUAUGCCACCUCUACCUCCUGAAAAUACACCGGAAAAGCCACCACCUCUGCCACCCAUACCUCCGGAACCGCCGAGCGAUGAAACAGUGCCAAAAAGCCUUAAAGAUACUGGAAAUCCCGAACCAAGUGCCACGCAAUCUCCGAAUCUUAAUCUUGGGAAAACUAAUUAUUCCAUGGAAACGGACAAUCAGGGAGUUGUAACGGUUUUUAUAAAAAGGAAGAAGCGCAAAUUGAAAUAAAAAUCCUUGAAAUUGUCACAAA